AUGGAAGGAUUUGCAUAUAUUUCUAUAUCAGAUUGGAUAACAAUUUGUUAUCAAGUAUUUGGUGGUUGUUGCGCUAAUGUAUUUGUUCUAGAGAAUUUAAUAACUAAUAAUCAACUGUCAUAUUCUUUAGGAUCAACAAUAACAUUUGGUCAAUUCUUAGUGGUAACAAUUUUAUCAUAUUUUCCAAAUUCAGAUUUUAAGAAUUCCAAUUGGAAAAGAUUAUAUUUAAAACAUUCAAAGAUUCCAAUAUGGAAAUGGAUUAUACCAGUAACAUUAUAUUUUAUUAAUUCUCUAUUGAACAAUUUGGUAUGGAAAUACAAUAUUAGUAUUCCAUUACAUAUUGUUUUUAGAUCUAGUGGUACCGUUGUAACAAUGAUUGUAGGUUACCUUUUCGGAGGAAAGACUUAUAAUUAUCAUCAAAUUAUGUCGUCCAUUAUAAUAAGUUUAGGGACAAUUUUAGCGACUAUCCCCCAAGGUGCCAAGAAGGAAGGAUCAGAAAUCUCCUUAGAAGUAGAUGCCAACUUUAUAUUAGGAAUAGCAAUGUUAUUCGUUGCUUGUAUUUUAGGAGCAUUCAUGGGACUUUAUAAUGAAGAUUUAUAUCAAGCGUAUGGAAAUCAAUGGCAGGAAGGUUUAUUUUAUAGUCAUCUAUUAUCAUUGCCAUUAUUUCUUGUUGUUUCAAAGACUAUUUACCAGGAAUUUUUAAUAAUCUUAUAUGAUAAGAAUCAGACAAUUCAAUUAUUCCCUGGAUUGAUAUUAUCAAAACAACUCGUGAAUUUAAUUAUAAAUGUUUUCACCCAAUUCAUGUGCAUAAAAGGGGUGAAUAUGUUAGCUGGAAGAACUAGUGCAUUAACUGUAAGCAUUGUAUUGUUGGUAAGAAAGUUUAUCAGUUUAAUUAUUAGUAUACUAUGGUAUGACAAUGACUUUUCCAAACAGACUAUAAUUGGAACAAUUGCCGUGUUUGGUGGAGUCGCAUAUUAUAGCAUAAGUAGUAUUAAGAGGAAGAUUAAGAAAAAGAAUGAAUAA